CUGAACCGUGUUUAUAGGCUUUAAUUAUAACAUAAGUGCAGAAUAGUAACGUGGGGUUAGUUUUUUGUUGUCCAACUAAAUACCUCUCUAACAUUGUUUUUCAAUGUCUGCUCUCACUAUGAAUUGAACACCGAAACUAUUGCUCCUGCCAUAUGUUUUUACAUAGAUAUGCAGUUUUUGUUGAGCUUGUUUAAAACCGGUAGGAUUCUACGCUCGUUUUAACCCCUUGGUAGCUGUUAGCAUUAAAACAGAUAUGGCAAAACAUGCAGUGUUGUCAUCUGGGGCCAAAUUAUGGAGAUCUCUGUCCUGUGCGAAAUCAGAGCUGCGCCUGGAUUUAACUCUUGCCUGUGGACAAACUUUCCGAUGGAAAGAAACUGCAGAAGGCCAUUGGACCGGAGUGAUGGGAGGGAGAGUUUGGACUCUGACUCAAACAGAUGAAACUAUUUGGUACUACGUGUACCAUACCCAAGACGAACAGGUAGAGAGAAGUGAUAAGGAAAGAAAACGUGGUGUUCAUCUAGAGAAGGAAAACAAGUUGGAGGAGAGAUUCAAAGGAGCUUUGAAGAAAGAGGAGGAAGAGCUAGUACCAGUGACUUUAGUGCAAAACACAGAGGAAGAAGAGCUGCUGAGAGAUUACUUUCAGCUGAAUGUUAAACUGGGGGACCUGUACAAGGAAUGGGGGGCAGCAGACUCCCAUUUCAAGCACAUUGCAGACAUCUUCACAGGUGUGCGGAUGCUGCGUCAGGACCCUACAGAGUGCCUGUUUUCCUUCAUUUGCACCUCCAACAACCACAUUUCUCGUAUCCAGGGCAUGGUGGAGAGACUGUGUCAGUCUUUGGGCACCCCGUUGGGCAAACUGGAUCAAACCUCUUACUACAACUUUCCUACCCUGUCUACACUUGCAGACAGCAGCGUAGAGGCAUGUCUCAGGGACCUUGGUUUCGGAUACAGGGCUCGUUUCCUUCAGCAGAGUGCAAAACAGAUUUUGGACACCCAUGGACUCCACUGGCUUGAUGGUUUACGUAAUGUCCCUUAUGCGCAGGCCCGAGAUGCACUGCGAACUCUCCCUGGUGUGGGCACAAAGGUUGCAGACUGUGUAUGUCUGAUGUCCCUUGAUAAAGCGGAGGCAGUCCCCAUAGACACACAUGUGUGGCAGAUUGCUAAACGGGACUACAGCUUUGCGACUGGAAAUGGACAAAAGAGCAUCACAGAUAAACUUCACAGGGAUAUCGGAGAUUUCUUUAGAAAACUUUGGGGUCCUUAUGCCGGCUGGGCACACUCGGUUUUGUUUUGCGCUGACCUCAAGAAGUUCCAAAAACUCAAAGAAACGCCUGUGCUGAAGGAAGAGGAGAACUGUGAAGAAGAAAAGAGAGUUGGAUGCAAGAAAACAAAAAUCAAGGCAGAGAUAAAAACCAAGUCAGCGGGCAAGAAAGCAAAGAUGUCUGUCUAGAAUGUGUGAGUGAUCCGAGGUAAACACUUCAUACUGAUAACAAUCACAAAAAAAUGUUUCCUUUUCUGUGUUAUAUCUACUUUUCUAUGAGUUCACAAUCAAACAUGCUGCACACUGGUGUCUUUAAAAAAUGAAAUAAAAUAACCUUUUCAUCUA